AUGGAGGGCAAGACGGAGGAUAGACACUCUUCGCCGGACGGCCCCCCAGGGAGACGUGACGACGACGCGCCUCACAGGAAGGCGGCCGAGGGGGUAAGGGGUGCCUCCCGAGAGGCUGGGCGUACCGACUCAGGGAGUCUUCUGGCGCCCGGUGCACACAAGGAUUCAAGGCGCGGCUAUCGGUCGCCAGGGCACAGGUUUGCGUAUUUUGGUGAGACAGGGCCCGAGGCAAGAAAUGUCGGCGGCCACGAGAGGGCGAGUUCCGCCGCCGCCUCUGUCUCCAGCCACGACGAAUCUAGGGUCAAGUCCCUCGAGUCGACUCCGUCUCCGGACCUGCGCCCGUCGGACUUCGGGGAGAGAAGAGGUCCCUUCGGGCAGGCGGCCGCUUCGGCCUCGCUGACGUUCUCUCCAGAGCGCAGACCGGUCUCAGUGCCGGUGCGGAAGAUGAACAGAGGAGGAUGCGCAGACAGUCCGGCGCGCACGCGCGUGUGGACGCAGCGUGGAAGCUCCCCCCGCGGGCCUGCCGGCGGAGACGCUCGCAGCCUGAGUCUGCGCGGUCGGCUUCUCGGUGCGCGGCCGCGAGUCGACCAGCUGUUUGACUUGAACGCGCACGGUCUCACAGAGAUCGUCGGGGUCUCAGACGACGGCUACGAGACUACAACUGGGGCCAGCGCCUCGGCGAGUUUUCUGGAUCGUGGAGCGGCCAUGGCGGGCGCGCGAGGCCACACAGCCAGUCUCUCUUUUGAGCUUUCUGGAGGCAUCGAGGCCGCGCACAAAAGAGACGGCUCACAGCCGCCCUCUCUCUGCUCCUCACGCGUCGCCGUCCAAGCAGCGUGCGGGGGGCCCCAAGCGAAAGCUCCGCACCGCCCGCGAGGCCUAGCGCGGAGCUCGGCUGUCAUUGGCAAAGAUACUGUACGGCCUGCGCGCGCAACGAAGGAGGAAUCCAGUCGGGAGUCUCUGCCCGCGGUGCGGUCCUCGGACUCCAGCCACCACUCGAGGUGUUCGAGCAGGAGGUCUAAGAGCGUCUCUCAAGAGAAAAAAACAGUCCACUACGUCUACCAGAAGAUGCAGAAAGAGAAAACCAAUGGGCGAGCAAAAAUCAGGCCAAGCGCAAAAAAAGACAACAGAAUGAAAGGCGUCGACGCGAUACGGAUCUUUUGUGGGACCUGGAAUUCUGAGUAUCAGGAAUUUCCCGAAGAGACGAUGACCCCCUAUGAGGGGGCGGGCGGCUUGGUGGAGUCUUCGAGCGCGUUGCCUGCGCGGCUUCCUGAACGAGUCGUCGAGGAGCUUUUGGACGAUGAAGACGCCUGGGCGACGGCGGAUUCGAUCGGAGACGCAGCGGACGCGAACGCCAGAGACAAAGCCAACAGAGGUGGUGGAGCGCCGCCCCUCGUGGAGAUCCGAGCUGCCGACAGCCGCGGAUUCGACAGGCCGGGAGACGAAGGCCCCAUGGUGGAGAGGCGCCGCCUGCUCAGGGCGAGCACCUUGAGGCUUAAAGCCGUCAAGCAAGGCGAACAGCCUCUAAUGGACUGGCUACUUCCCGGAUACGACGUAUACGUCGUCACGCUUCAGGAGACUAUCUCGGACAGCGUCUUCCAGGCGAUCAUGGCCUACAUCUCCGAGGUGAACGGCCACCAAUACGCUCGCAUGCACGCGGUCGAGGACAAGAUCUCGGGUCUCGGCGACGGCGCAUGGACGCAGUUUAAAAGCACAAGUAUCGCAGCGUGGGCUCGCGAGGAUAUGCUCCGCCCAAGAGGACCGGUUGAGUUCCUUACGUCGAAAGCCAUCCCGCUGAGCUUCUUCAACGGAUCGAAAGGAGCUGUCUCGCUGCUGAUGCGAAUAUGGGACCAGUUCGUCUGUUUCCUGGGCUGCCACAUGCCGGCAACUACCACCGAGGACCGCAUAAAAUCACGAACUUGGGUCAUCGAACGCCUGUGCGAGUCGUACAGCGGCAUGCCUCAUACGACGCUGGACGGCGUUUUCCACCACGUGGUCUGGAUGGGGGACUUCAAUUUCCGCACUCGGAACAUCACUGCGGCGAAGGCAGUGGAAUUGUUGGAUGCUGGAAAGCAGACCGAGCUUCUCGAGUACGACGAGUGCCAAGGGCCACAAGGCGAAGAUAUGCGCAAAGCGGGCUUCGUUGAAGGUACAGUGCGGUUCCCCCCAACGUACAAGAAGGUAGACGGACGGCCCCCUGUUGAUUUUUCUGACCCACACUGGGCUGAGAAAGAGUAUCAAACAAAGUUCACAGUCAAGUGGUACAAGGGUGGCCAUCAGGAAGAUCGCAUUCCAUCGUGGACAGACCGAGUGUUCAAGUGGUCGAUUCCAGAAAUGGCAUAUUUGCUUCAGCUGCAGAAAGAGAGAUAUUUCGCUGCGAUGCCGACCCGGGCGAACAGCUUUCUGAACGCGAGCGACCACAGCCCCGUGGGGUCUGGAUUCGACAUGUAUCCUCUCGACUUCAGUUACGCUUUGCCAUCAGUGGUGAAUAUCGCGAAUCCUGACACGAAGAGAGCGGGGUAA